AUGGAAUCUAACAGUUUUUUAAUCUGCCGUCUUUGUGGAAAGAGCUUCAAUCGAAAACAAAACCUUACGCUCCAUAUGCGAGUCCAUACUGGAGAAAGACAUUUUAUCUGUAAACAGUGUGGAAAGAGUUUCACUCAAAGUGGAAACCUUAAAAUUCACAUGAGAAUUCACACCGGAGAAAAGUCUUAUAUUUGCUCUCAGUGUAGACAGAGAUUUACAAAUAAAGGCAACUUAAUUUACCACAUGAGAACUCACAGUGAAGAGAGCUUGUUCACCUGCCCACAGUGUGGGAAGAAUUUCCCUCAAAAACAAAACCUGGCAACCCACAUGAGGAUUCACACGGGAGAGAAGCCAUACAUUUGCACUCAGUGUGGAAAGGAUUUUACUCAUAAAAGCAACCUUAAUUACCACAUGAGUACCCACAGUGGAGCGAAGCCUUAUACUUGCUCUCAGUGUGGACAGAAAUUUGCAAAUAAAGGCAACCUUAAUUCCCACAUGAGGAUUUACUCUGGAGAGAAGCCUUACACUUGCCUUCAGUGUGGAAAGAGUUUCGCUCAUAAAUCCACUCUUAAUAAACACAUGUUAAGUCAUACAGGAGAGAAGCGGUUUGCAUGUGCUCAAUGUGGAAAGAGUUUUGCUCAUAAACACACUCAUAAUAACCACGUGAGAAGUCACACAGGAGAGAAGCAGUUUGCAUGUGAUCAAUGUGGAAAGCGCUUCACAACAGAACUAAGCCAUAGAUACCACAUGACCAUUCACACCAUGUGGUGGUAA